AUGACCUAUAUAUCCCUCUUUGACCCGGGCCCGUCUUACUCCUACCCCCGCACCACCCAAUCCCCGGCCUUCACGCCAGCAGCUGCGCGCCCAUACACGGGGUAUCAAGCCCACACGCCUACGACCCCCUUCUUCCCCUCCUCAUCUUCACUUCUACCUGCCCCAGACACUCCGGAACCCUACUCCGCUUUCGGCGCCUUCACGCCUAACCGACUGCGGGGGGAACGGCUCGUCCCCCUCGAUCCAAAUUUGACGCUCACGCCCGCACUGAGCGUCUCGCCUUCGUCCGGAAGCGUCUUUUCGCCGGACUCGCUCCGGGCUCUGAGGUGGAGGAUGGGCGAUAGAGCUGCAGACCAGGAGGAGGGUUGGACGGGGGACGAGGGGGCUGUAGGUCCGGGUGGAGGAGCAGUGGAUGAGGGAGCGGAAAGAGGUGGAUGGUCAGGAGGUAUUAUGGGGACUGGGAAUGGGCAUGGGAGCGGGAACGGGAAUGGCGGUUGGAGGGGAAGCUGGACAGCUCCAACGAGUCCGGUCAGCCAUUCCCAACAGGAGGAACAACAGUCUUUAGCUACUUCAACAACCACUGCAAACAACCCGUACCACCACUCCCAAACUUACCUCCCCACGCCGCACCGGAACCCCUACUACCCCGCGACUUCUCCGGCGCAGGCUGUGAACUUGCCCUCACCACCCUCUUACUAUCCUGGCGCCCAUGCCCACGCCCAAGAUACUGCGUACGCCAAUACUACCCACAUCCCUCACUCCUUCCAGCACACCGGACCCCACCUCCCGCAGCACCCGCACCCGCACUCGCACUCGCAACCACAGCCCCAAUUCAAAAAUCACAACCACGCCCAGAACCAACAUGCCUUCCUCGCCAACGCCGACUACUUCUCACAAGCGGAGCAAGGGACCUUUGGUCGCCUUCUGCCAUUCACGUCCCACCCGCUAUCACACCACGGUGCGCCCCAUCGUCCGUUCGUGACGGCCCCUCUCGGUCACGGUGGCCACCCCGGCCAUCCCGGCCAAGCCGGACAGUCAGGACAGGGCAUGGUCAGUCUGGCCGCGUCUGCGCUUGGGCUGGAUUCCGACUCGAGCGCUGGGAGAGGAGUCGGCCAGAACGAUGGGGGUCAGGGGUAUCGCUCAGACUUUAACGCUAAGCAUCCUUUUUACGCUCGCCCAAUACAACCCUCUGCACCCUCCAACUCCGCUUCGGGCUCGGUACCGCCAGCCCAAGCCCAGACUCAAAGCUAUCUCAAUCACGGCACAGCCUAUCGCCCAUCCGGCCAGCUCCAACACUCCUUCUCGGUCCCCUUUACCCCUACAUCCUCCACCUUCAUGUCCGCCCCACCAUCGGUCUCGGCCUCGACUUCGGUCUCAGCUAGCGCAUCAUCCUCCGCCCUCCCUUCGCCGGCAUACACCCAAUCAUCUCUUCACCCGUACACGCCCCUCACGCAGUCAUUUGCCGACAUACCGCUUCCACUUCUCACUCCGCAUCAACAACAAUACCCUCCUCGGCUAUACCAGCACACGGGACCUCGUCACCACCAUCAACAGCCCCAAUCUCAAGCCCAGCACCCGCACCCGCACCAACCCAACCCCUUUUCUGCGCACGGAUGGGAACCCCCGACCACGAUCGCAGGAUCGGCACUCUUCCCUCCCGCGGCGCAACAUCUGCUCGAGCUCAGUGAGAACGGGAUAGGACGAAGGGGAAGCUAUAACACCGACGCGACGUCGCCGGGGAGUGGGAGUGGGGAUGAGGAUUUCGAUGCCGAUGCGGAUGCGGAUGCGGAGGGGAGUGUGGAGCCGGACCAACAAGGGGGACGGUAUGGAGCGCCAUCGGGCAGUGGAUAUAGGCAGGGUGAGGAGCAACAAGGGGAAGGGGAGUGGAGACCCAGGACCGGGGACUCGGGGACGACACUCAAUUCCACCACCACAUCUACGGACCAUGAGGAGGAGAUCAUGAGGCGGAGUGUGGGUAUGGCGGAACAGGCGGCUCGGGAGGAGAUGGAUCGACAGCGGGAGCGGGUGAUUGUCCCCCCCGCCGCUGGUGGAUCCGGAUCCGGAUCAGGGUUCGGCGGCGGCGGAGGAGGAGGCGGAGGGGCAGGGAGGGGAGGUGUGGUAUAUACGCACCAGGCGGAUAUCAAGCAGACGCCAUAUAUAAGGAGGCAAUGCCACAAUUGUCGGACGAGGGAGGCUCCAAGUUGGAGACGGAGUAAUCAUCACGAGAACUGUAUUCUGUGCAAUAAAUGCGGUAUUUUUGAACGGACGCAUAAGCGAUCUCGGCCGGUCUUGCCUGCUGAGGCCGCUGCGAAUGCUCAACAACAUCAACAACAGCAUCACCAUCUACACCAGCAGGCAUCUACUUCCUCAGCUCCAGCUUCGGCGUUCUCUCCUACCCCCUCCGAAACCCCAACGCCAAGGCUCAGCGCCAGCGCCAGCACCAGCGCCGCCAGCCGUCGAGGCCUCAAGGCUGCUAUCGCCACUUCCAGCGCCUCUCAGGGGAGGUACAGAGCCCGUCCGCCUCGCCCGCUCCGGCUUAGUCCGCAUCGACCGCCAAGGCGAGAGAGUGAGGUGUCCACUUCGACGUCAGCGGCGGGGUCGAGGGGUGCUUCUUCUUCUGCAGGACAGAUGACUGCUGCUUCCGCAUCGGUAUCGGCGUCCAUCGCCCCGUCCCUUGCGACAUCUCCUCAAUCCUCUCGGUCUCAGCUUCCCACCCCAGUGUAUCCAACUCAUCCUCAAUAUCAAGGUCCAUCCAUCUACUCGCCUUUCACCCCCGCUCCUUCUGGUUCACUCGACUUGGUCGUCUCGGCCGAAUGCGGACCAUCCGGAGAAAGCAGGCGCGACUCGGAGUCUACCGACCAUACCUCUACGUCUCGCUCGGGCUCGGGCUCGGGAUCGGCGCUAAAGACGCCGGGUACGGGCGCGGGCGGAGGCGGAGGCACGUCGGUAUGGCCAAGCUACGGAAGCUUGCCUCCUUCUGCGACCGGGUCAAGCUUCGGCAGCUUCCCCUCCGGCUCUGGCGGUACGGCUUCCGGUACGGCGCGUCAGCACCAGCAGCAGCAGCAGCAGCAGCAGCAGCAGCAGCAGCAGCACGGGCGGCAACAAUACCCCCAUCAGAAUCAGCGGCAAGACACCCGACCCGCUCUCCAGCCGAGCUACGCCACACACGGCCGGUCCGCUUCUACCUCCGCUACCACUCCCCGUCCUUCUCCAUACGGCACCUACCUUACUCGCCGAUCGACCUAUACCCCUGUACCCGCCCAGACCCAGGCUUCGCCUUUCCCGCACGCGUAUACUGGGGCUCUGCGGAGCAGCUCCCACGCAGCUUCGAUCGCUGCGUCGGCGCUGGGGUCGUUGAGGCCUAGCUAUGUCGAUGCUGAGAUCGGCAUCGACGUCGAGGCGGAUGGAACCGCAGGCGCGGCGGGUACGGCGGCGGGUAUGGCAUACAGCCCCCAGUAUGCCCCCAUGAGGGGUCAGAGUGGAUUAUCGGCCGCUUCAAGUCUACUCCCUACUCCAGUCGAAGACCAAACCCCUUUCGCGCGCGCAAGAGGAGCAGGAGUAGGGGGUGAAGAUGACAAGGGAUCCGAAGGCGGCGGAGGGUACGGCGCGGCGGAGCAUGGACUGGGAUUGGGCGUGGGGCUGGAGAUGGGUGCAGGGCUGGGCGUGGGGAGGGGGAUGAAAAGGGAUGAGGAGUAUAAUCCUAGUCUUCAGAGCGAGAUCGAAAUGUAUUAUACUUAUCAUAACGAACUACCGGGGCACGACGUCCUCCUCGAGCCUCCCGUCGACGCGUUCCCUUGCGUUAUUCCUCGGGCUCGUGCUUCAGGCACGUCCGAUGCCAGCACGCCCUUACAGCACAGUAGCCCUUCUGGGCAGUUCUGGAUCUCUCCCCUCUCCGCCUCACAGCCCAGAACACUGGGGCAUCCCUUCCUUUUCCAAUCCCCGCACUGGGGAGAAGAGGAAUGA